GCCGGAAGUCCAGCAUAUAGCGAUGGAGACAUUUUAAAAAAAAAAAUACCAGGCUGACUGCUAACAGAGCUGCGAGCGCACUGCGUCAAAAUACACAGAAAUAUCUUCCAUUUAUAAAUAUAGAAGUCGAAUACAGCUGUGUGCUCUGUUUGCGGUGCAAAUAAGAAAAUUCGAAGAUUUCCGAUAAUGCCAAAAAGCCUGACCUCGAUGUACGAAUAACUAACGCUGUGCUGGUGAGUUCCUGUCCAGGCACAUUGGUCCAUAUUUCUUGGACCUUUGGGCUCUGGUCUUAACUUUCUCAAGAAAUGGCUGAUUCCGAAAAGGCAGAAGAAUUUUUGGAUGCUGCAUGCCCACCUGAGUGUCUUGAAGAAGCACAGACAGCUACGGCUUCUGCUCAAGGAGAACAGGAUGAACAACUGAAAACAGAGACGACCACGAGUACAAGUUCACCCCCCAGGGAGAAGGAAGCGGACAGCCCCUUGAAUACUGAGGGAGAGCAAAGUCUCCUAUCAAUGCCAUGCCUAAUGAAGGAGCUUCGUCGGGACUCCCCAGAGUCUCAACAUGCCUCUACAGGGAGUGACAAGCCUGUUUCGCGUCACAUCUAUGAAAGCGACUCCUCGAAUCCCUGUAUGUUGUCUCCUUCUUCCAGUGGCCACCUGGCUGACUCAGACACACUUUCCUCAGGGGAAGAAGGUGCUGCUCCUCCUGUCGGAGAAGAAGAGGGUAGUAUGGAAACUGCAAAUGAUCCUGGUCAGUCAGAAAAAAGAGAGACAGCUUCAGGGGGCAGAAAGUCUCGCCGAUCACAUUCGGAGAGUGAAAUGCCUGCUAACGCAAUGGCUGCAAAGAAAAACCGCUGCCAGUCAACAGCAAUGGCACCAGGGCAGGAAAAACAAACCAAUGGCAAGUUGGGAAAAGUGAAAGGUCAUCGGAGUCAGAAACACAAGGAGCGCAUACGUCUGCUAAGGCAGAAACGAGAAGCAGCGGCUCGGAAGAAGUAUAACCUGCUGCAGGACAGCAGCACCAGUGACAGUGAGCUCACAUGUGACUCCAGCACCAGCUCCUCAGACGAUGAUGACACUUCUGGAGGAAGCAAGACAAUCAAGACAGAUAUUCCAGACGGGCCUCCGGUAGUGGGUCACUAUGAUAUUUCAGACACUGAUUCUAACCAGGAGAGUAUGAGUGUGGAGACAGUCCGGCCUACGGUGAUAAGGCAUGAGCUAAAAACACACAGAGGCCAGGACAUGGCAGCACUCUCUGGGUGUAUAAGAGCUCUGAGCUCAAUCUCAGGCCAUAUGGAGGCAGAGCUAUCGCACAAGGAGAGCUUUCAACACAAAGGCCAGAUUAAAGUUGCUUCCUCAGACAGUGAGGUGGAAAUAGUCGGAGUACAGGAGAAUGCACGAUGCGCCCAUCCAUGCGGAGGGGUGAUAAAGAGUUUGUCUUCCUGGAAGGAAAAUUCAGUGGAUCAGUUAAACAGCACAAAUCAAUCACAGCUGUGGACUAAUGUCUCCCCUCGCCCUAACUGGGUCUCCCCUCCCGAAGUGGUGGACCUCACAUUGGACGAGGACGCUGGGCACAAAUAUCUACUUUAAAACUGUUCAUACCCCCUGCCUAGUGUCAUUUAGGCUGAAAUCAAUAAAUUGCAGCCUCUCCCUUACCUGCUCAUAGACUCCUUGUUCUCUUGGACUCCUAUUUUUAACAUUCUGUUUAUCAAAGCCAUUCUACUGAUGUGAUUCCCCAAUCUCUGCUUCUCAAACUAUGAUCUAGCUGUAAUGAAAUGGCACAGUGCUGUAAGUGCAAGUUGAAACUUACAAGAGUGGGGUUAUCUGUUCAUGAUAGCAAUAUCCUCCCAUCAUUUAUUACCUUCAUGUCUCAAUACCCGAGUUGGGUAGAUAAUUUGUGCUCGCAAGUUAAAGCACUUUGCGCUGCUGCUUUUAGAUUUUGUCAGGUUCACAACAGUGCUGUUGACUUCGAGUGGGAUGUUUUAGACCUGAUUUUUCUUUGUCAGCGGCAUUCAAAAUCAAGCUUAAUCUGGAAUGGUUUUUUUUUUUUUUUUUGGUUUUGGUUUUUUUUUUUGGUUUUAGUGCAGCACAACGUAAAUGUAUGGUAACAGUAACCGAUCGAGAUGGGGUGGGGGGGGUUCUGCAGGUUUCUUUUUAGAGGUCUCCACACUGGAUGUGCGUUCAAAUCAUUUAGCAUUCAUAGUUUGCUUUGCACAGUGUCCAAAAGAGGCACCACCUGCUUCCAUCCUUUCAGGGAGGGUUUUAGUUGUAUCAUAAGGGAAAUGUUACAAAAUUGGUUAAGAGUUAAAUGAGAGAAGAAAUAACGCCAUGGAUCUUUUGGCUCUGUCAGAUUUACAUCCAAGUGUCAUGUCUUUAAAGCUCACUAAUCAAUAACCCACAGGACAUUACCAUUUCUUGACUUUUCAUUAACAAAACAAAUCGAGUCAUUAUUAAAUAGUUUGACAUGACCAGUUUUUUUUAACUGAGCUUCUAAGAUAUAAAGGAGUGAUAAUCUGCUGUAAACUCAGACAUUUGUAUAGAAAGACAAAGUCGCUGUUCAGACCUGAACUAAACAUCUGUUCUGAUUGAUCCAGAUGUAAGUAGACGAGGUUUGGCAACGGCGGUUUACAUCAGGCAUUAACAUCCAUCCUGAGCGAGCUCUAUUACCUGCUUUAAAUGUAACCAAACGCUCAGCCAGGUCAGAGUUGGCUGCCUGCUGAGCACCAAACAACUUGUCUGCUGAUGUUUCUGUAACAACAGAUACAUUUAAUCACUUUAGCAAUAACCUACUUCAUUAUGGUUAAGGUUCACCUGAAUCUAAUUUUUGUUGAGUCGUUUGAUUUAUGACAUUUUUGAUGUGGAUAGUUUUGUAGCUUAAAUACGAGAGAAGUAGAGGUGAGCAAACAAUGUAGGAGUCUACAAAGGUCAGCAUCUUAACUGUAUGCACAAUUUAAUCGGCCAGAGAUCGGAAUCAGCCGGUUUUUACUUGACCGUCUUAGAUCUGUGAUUUUUGGGUCUAAUGGAAAAAAUAAAACAUUUUUUUUCUUUACAUUGAAUGCAUCAAAAAGAAGAACUCGAAUGCUUUUUGUUUUAAACUCAUCAACCAGCAACAUGUACAUUGAUGCUCUGUUUGGUUUUAGUUUAAUAUAGAUCAGAUAAAGGUUAAUGACAUAUACUUUGAUACACAAAUGGUGUUAAUGCUGUAAUUCCUUCAUUUUCUGUUGUGUUCAAGUAUUACCUCUGUCAUAGAGCCUGCAGCAACUUUUUGCUCUUUUGUGUGUUUAUAUGUAGGAGAAAAAAAUAGAAUAGGUCAAACUCUUGAGUCAGUAGGCUAUACCUCUAUGAAAACCUGUAAUCUGUGUCAGGCAGGAAACGUUUGUUCAUUGCAUCGCUAAUUUUGACCCCUCAGUAAAACGUCUAAUUGCUUUUGACUGCGCACAGAUAUCCUGCACGCACAGCACUACGUGAAAAUUAAUCAUUUUAUAUACCGAUGCAGAAUACAGCAUAUGCUUCCAUGAGUUAAAUUAUAAUCCAGUUGAUUGGAUCACUCAGGAUGGAUGCUAGGGCCAGAUGUGAUUGGGGUGGAGCAUGUCUUAAACCAGCCCCGACGUUCCUUUUAUAACAUAUUUACAGGUUUUUCUGCUGUUACAUCUGUACCACAAAGGACGAGUGCAGUGCUGGUUUUAGUUCCAUCAGUAAAACAUUUGGUUCAUUUCCACAUAUAAAUGGCAGGUGGAGCCUGUGAGCUGGCAAAGAAUCCAUUCUUUUAGUUUAGUUUUGAGUUGUAAUGGAAGCUGCGUUUUCAUCUGAGAGACUUGUUAUCAGUGAAUGUAUGACCUCGCAGUGCUGGCUCUGUUUUUACUGUUUUGCAUGCUUCUCUUGAACGGGUGCAUACUCCUUAAAGAAAAAAAAAACUCUGGGAAACCCUUUUUAAAAACAGGAAAUGUUUCUUCCCUUGAAUACAGCAAAGCAAAAUGGUCUAAUUGCCUUGAAAUGUGCACUAUUUUCUUUUUAAGAAAUGUACAAAGCCUGUUAUUUUAACUUUACAGAGCAGUAGAUUUUGCAGUCUCAACCACAAAUAUAUUUUAAUAAUGGUUAUAAAUUAAGCACAUAUAUAAAUACGUAUAAAAAAGUAAAAGGGGUGUUGAGUUUGUGCUCAUGUGUGAGGCGUUGUGAGACAUUUGAUGUGUUUUUUUUCCCCUUCGGUCUCAGGGCCUUCGUGCUUCUUCCCUGCAAUCAUACCUUGUCCUCCACACUGGACUGCAAUGAAGCUGGUGAAUUUUAAUCAAUAGACAACUUUUGCUAACUUUUUUUUUUCUGGUAAUGCAUUAAAUAACAUUUACUUUCCUACGCCAUGUUUGAGAAUUUAUAAAUGAACUUUGGCUAAUAACAGAAAGGGGAAAUAAAAAAUUUUAACAAUCUAAACCAAAGUCUAAAUGGAAUUUAUGUUCUUAGUUUGUUUCCGUUUUAAGUCAGUUUAUGCAUUCAAGUCUAAAUUUGGAAAUACGCUGUUUUGGAAAAAAAUAUGAUAGAUUAUUGUUUUAUAGAAAAUUUUUUGUUUUAUUUGGCCAGUUAUUUCCACUUAUCGCAGCUUCUUUAUUUUUUCUGCUUGAAAAAUCUUUCUUUUAGCUUGUUAGUGAGACAUUACACGUCAUUAACAGUAUCAUCAGACUACAUGGCAGGGAUGCCCGACUGUGAUUUUACAUUGCAUGUUUAACAAGACUUUUUUUUUUUUAUCCAGGUCAGAAAUUUUGCUUAUUGUAGCUAAUUCAGCUUUGCUCCUCUGUUGUUUUUAUUCAGUUUGACUCAGUAUUUUUCACUAGCAAGAAAUGUUUUUUUUCUCCUUGUUGCUUCUGCAAGACCCUGACUUCCGUGACAUUGUGUAUGUAGAACAAAAAGAAACUAUUUUAAGAGUAAAUAAAUAGUAUUUAAUGA